GUCACCAUCCCCCGCAAGCGGCGGCUGCGGAAAGGCUACGAGGUGGAGAUGGAGCAGGAGGUGGGCCACUCGGUGCGCCGGCUGGCCACGCACCGCAACGCCUUCAAGCGCAUGGCGGUCAUCCAGGCCUUCCUGGGCUCCACCCCGCAGCUCACCCUCCAGCUCUACAUCAGCAUCCUGGAGAAGUACGUCCCUGCCGCCAGAGCCGUCCUCAUGGGCAUCUGCCUGGUGUCGGUGACCUACGGAGCACUCGUCUGCAACAUCCUGGCCAUCCAGGUCAAGUACGAUGACUACAAAGUCCAGCUGCGGCCGCUGGCCUUCCUCUGCAUCGUGCUGUGGCGCAGCCUGGAGAUCUCCACCCGCGUGGCCGUCCUCGUGCUCUUCAGCACCGUCUUCAAGCACUGGAUCAUCCCCAUCGCCCUGGCCAACCUGCUGGUGGUCUUCUUCUUGCCCUGGGUGCAGUUCUGGCGGAGCGGUACCCACCUGCCUGACAACAUCGAGAAGAACUUCAGCCGGGUGGGCACGGUGGUGGUGCUCUGCGCCUUCACCCUCCUCUACGCCGGCAUCAACAUGUUCUGCUGGUCAGCCGUGCAGCUCAAGCUGGCCGACCGGGACCUCAUCGACAAGUCGCAGAACUGGGGCCGCCUGGCCAUCUACUACGUGGCCCGGCUGGCGGAGAACACAGCCCUCGUCAUCCUCUGGUACUUCUUCAAGACGGACGUCUACGAGAACAUCUGCACCCCACUGCUGGUGGUGCAGCUGCUCCUCGGCUACUGCCUGGGCAUCUACUUCAUGCUCCUCUUCUUCCAGUACCUGCACCCCUGCCGCCAGCUCUUCCGGCACAACGUCGCCGACUUCUUGCACUGCGUCUGCUGCCGACGGCACCCACCGGGGACCCCUCUGUGCCUCCAGCCACCCUACGAGCCCGGCGAGGCUCCCGUGAGACCCCACGCCAGGCUGAGGAGUCUGCACCAUAGGGACGACGUACCGGUGCUGUGCCGCAGCAUCGCAGGUGUAACGGGGCUUGCCGGGCCGGCACCGUGCCAGCUGCUCGGCGCUGCGUGA